AUGACAACCCCACAGACAGCUUCUUCUGGAGACAACCAAAAGUGGGAGAGUUUCCUAAAUGAACUGCGUGCCAUUGACAGCGGUGCAUCUGUCCCUCCGCCUCCGCCACUAUCAGGAGACGGAGACCAGGAGAGGAAUAAUGGCACCCAGGACACAGACAAUGAAAUAUCGCGUGCGGAGCGCUCCUACAUCAACAAACUCCUUGGUACUAAGCUAGUCGAAACCAAGGAAUCCGACAUCGAGCUGCUCCGCAGCGACCCUUCAAAUCCGCUCCAUUCCGUGAAGUCCUUCAAGGAGCUCAGUAUGUAUGAUUACGUCUUCUUGGCUUAUGAUUUUUAG